AUGUUUUUCCCUGAAUAAGAAUACAAGACAAGUACAAAAGUAAGAAACUUUGUAUUCUAUUAUAGAGUGAAGAUGAACUAAAGAAAUUAACAUUAGAAGAGGAUUUAAGUGAAUGUUAGAGAUCAUAUCACAUAUUGACUAAGGGUUAAUAAUUGCAAAAGAGGGCAGUAAUAUAUACUGUAUAUUGAUAGAUAUAUUAAAACUUGCAUAGAAUUUUAAAAGAACCAAAUGCAUUUGAAAUAUUGUUCAAAGUUAUUGUGUAUGAUAUAAUCUAUAUUAAAGAGAGGAGAUUCAACAAUAAGAAGAGGAAAAUCAAAUAAUUGCAGCCAAGUCUCUUCAUAAAUUGAUUAAAGAUAAUGAACUUUAAGUAAUGGAGUUACUAUAAAUAUAUGAUUUGACUACAUAAAUUCUUAAAAUUUGGUCAUUACCUGUAUUGAAUGAAUGGAUACAUACUAUGAAUGCAUUACUUAGAGUUAUCAGUCUAAACAUUAUCCUUAAUCCAACAUAAUAAUUAAUAUUAUUAUUGACUGAUGCAUCAUAACCAACUAUUUCUCGUUAAAGUGCUGCCAAACUCAUAGGUACAUUAGCAUAAGUAAAUUAAUUUAUUAAAUAUAAGCUAUUGGGAAAUGAAAUCAAAGGACCUUUAUUAGACAGAGCUAGAAAUUUAUGUUCAGAUCAUGAUAAGGAAAUUAGAUUAAUUAUGGCUGAAGAUGUAAUAGUGAAAGUGUGUUAAUCAAUAUCUAGUGAUUUGAUUGAAUGUUAUUUACUUGAAAAGAUCAUGGAAUUAUAUUAUGAUACUGAUAUUAUUGUAAAGAGUUCAGGCAUGAGAUUAUUUUAUACUAUUGCUAAUCAAUUAUCAAUUGAUGAAAUAAAAAAUAGAUGUACUAAACUAUUCAUAGAUUAAAUAUAAAGUUAGAGUGAAGAAAGUAAAGUAGUAAUGUCUAAAGUAUGUGGUAGAAUAUAUAUGUUGGUAAUUAUUUUUAUAUUUAAAUAAGGUUAAAGAUAAUUUAAAUAUUAAUUAAAUAUCUUUAUUUCUAAAUAUAUAUGUUUCAUAUGCUAAAAGUAAAAAUUUAGAUGUCAGAAUCAAUUUUAUAUCUAAUUUCCCUGCCAUACUUUCACUAACUCUAAAAAAAUUUGAAUUUUUUCAAGAUUAAUAUAUGUUGUGUUGCAAUGAUACCAAUGAAACACUUUAGAGAACUCUUUUAAGUAGUUUUCAUGAAGUUGUACUCUUAUCUGAAAAUACAGAUAUUCUAAUACAAGUUUUCAUAAAUUUCAUGAAAUCUAAAUAUUAAACAGUUUUACAAUUGUUAAUAUUCAGAUUUGAUUCAAUUGUCAAUUCAUUCCAAAAACAAGUAGUUUGUUUAUCUUAUGCGUAGACAGUAACAACCUCGAUUUGGUCAACCAGCCAUUGAAUUGCUAAAUAAUCUCAUUGUCAAAAAUCAAUGGGAUCUAUAAAUAGAUUUAUUAUCUAAAUUUUCAGAAUGUCAAUAAAUAUUUCCUGAUAUCAAUAUAUUCCUAAAUACUAUGAUUACUACAAUAAAUAAAGGAAUCCCAAAAACUAAAUAAUUAUGUUGUCUAAAUAUUGCAAAGUACUUAAGUAACUUAGAAAAUCUAAGAAAGAGAAAGGAUUGGAUUAUUUAACUAUUUGAACUUUAUUUUAAAUCUGAUAGUUACUUUAAUAGAAUCAUAUUUAUUGAUAUAGUUUAAGAAUUCACUUAGUUCAUCUCUAGAAAAUUAUUCAAAUAAUAUUAAUUCUAUGAUAUAUUAAUCUUUUCAAAAGAUCCAAUCCUUAAUGUUAGAAUGAGAUUAAUCAAGGUAUUAUUACAUUAAAAUUCUAUUUAGAUAUUACCUAUCCUAUAUAAAAAGAUUGAUUCUGAAGAUGCAUCUACUUUGAAUAUGUUCAAUGAUGCCUUACAAGAUUGUAUUCUAAGUGGAUCUCGUUCUUUUUAAUACAUGAUCUAAUAAACUAAAUAAGAGUUGCUUAAACCAAGUGAUGAAAGCUAUUUAAAUUAGAAGGAUCAAGAAAUGCUAGAAAAAGAGGAGUAGAUCUAUAAGAAUGAUUAAAAAUAGAGAUAAUUACUAUUAGAUUAAGAAAGGGAUGAUUUGGAAAUCAAUAAAAUAGAUUUAAAUGAUUAUUUAACCAAAUACAAAAAGAAGUAUCCCCUUACAAAAAUUAAGAUAACUACUCCUAAUAUGCACAGUUAAACUAUGCUCAUUAAAAAACCUUAAUUAUAGAAUAAUGCCACUUAAGCAGCACUUCUUGUUAAGAAAUCUGUUGAUUUUGAUUCUAAUAAGAGUCCCCUUUUAGAAGCAGCAUCUACUUUGAAAAAGCCUGUUCUUAAAUCAAAAACACCAACAACUAAGAGUAUUUGUGAUAUUAAGAAGUAAUUUAAACUUCCUAGUAUAAAAAAAUGA